UAUUUUACAUGGAUCAUGAUUUUAGGGUUUAUUAUUUGGGGAAAAGGCGGUUCGAAAAACGUCUCUUAUUAUGAUCAAUCCAUCUAAGCCAAUUCAUAAAAGUCUCUCUUGAUUCACUGGCCUCACAAAUUGUCCAUCACCCACAGGUUUUUUGGGGCGCAUUGGUUUCGAAGUCUACUUCUGCGGUUUGCUCCAUACCGGCGGCUCCUUCAGGAAAAUGAGAAAUGUGGAAGGUUCUAGCAGUGGGGUUGAACCUGAUGACAAUUGACAACACCCUUCUUUGGAAGUAAUUUAAAAAGUUGGAAGAUGGGGUGGAAAUGUACAAUUCAAAUGCAGUUAUCAUCAGUUUACUUUCAAGGGAUCAUACUAGAGGGUGAAAUUGCAUUUGCUAGAAAUCUCGGGUCACAGCUUUUGAACAAGGAAAAAAGUGACGAGUUGUACCCAUGUCCGUGUCUGUGCGUGUGCUUCUCAGGUUGCGUGAGACUCAUAGGAAAGUUUGAAUUUAUCAAUUCUAUUAUGGAAUCUUCAGCCGAAAAAGAUUAUGCUGCGUUUGAAGUGAAGCUGAAGCGGACUGUUUAUAUCGACAACCUCUCAUUUCAAGUCACUGAAGCUGUUCUUAAAACUGCACUUAAUCAGUUUGGAAAUGUCACAAAUGUUCAGUUCAUUCCAAACUACAUGGAAGCACAGAACAUACCGCGUUGUGCUCUGGUAGAGAUGGAAAAUGCGAAGCAGGCCAGAGAAAUUAUAUUGGAGAUGGCCAAUUUCCCAUUCAUGAUGUCUGGGAUGCCAAGGCCUGUGAGGGCACGUGCUGCUGAAGUGCAGAUGUUUGAGGAUCGCCCAAAAAAGCGUGGUAGAAACAUACAUUGCCGUUGGUUGGACCCGAAGGACCCUGACUUUGAGGUGGCAAAGAAACUGAAGUAUAUGACUAGAAAACAUGCUGCUGAAGCUUCAUUUCUGCUCAAGCAACAACUAGCAGAGGAAGAGAAGCUGGCAAAACAGCAGGGAGAGACCCUUAAAGCAAAUUAUAAGAAGUUUGAUCUGAUUGACAAUGUCCUAGUUGAUGGUACGGCCAACCGGUUGGCGCGGCGUUAUGACAUCAACAUUUCAGAUGCUUGAUGGGUCCUCUGUUUUCUCUUUGUAUAGGUAGAUGCUGCAAAAUUUAUAUGAAACCAAGAUUCGUCAUGAUGGGGGGACUCUGCGCUUUAACUAAAGGCUACUUUUCUUUUGAUCUUUGCAUGCUAUUAGAUAAAGUGGGCUGUGCGUAAUAAGUAUGUAUCUCAGGAAGUUGGAUUGAACAAAAUACACCGCUUAAAGAUGAAGAUUAUCUUUUUUGAACUCUGGAAGAAACAUGACUCGACUUCUACAAAGCAUCAACAUUGUGAUGAAAUGUGGAUAAUUUCAUUUUGAAGUGCUUUUUGCAGGAUCUCUAUGCCCUAAUUCUAGCUGCAUCUGAAAUGCUCAAAGCAAGGUAUAAGAUUAUGGUUUUAAUAUAUAUAUUUUUCCUUUAUUAA